GCAGAACCGCAGUGCUCCGGACACGUGGCGGCGCUGUGGACAGCUUCCCUCUCGCACUCCGUCGCUCUUUCGCGGACUGCGCACAGUCUAUGACAGUGCGCAGUGUCAAGUCGCGGCUGUCAUGGCGGCGUGCAGGGCCCUCGUGAGUCGCGCUGUAUUACCUCUGCAUUUCCAUAAUGUUUGCAGAGGAGUUAUGCUCACACAUAUCAGAGAGAAGAAGAGAUGGAUGAAGGCUUACACCCUCAUCAUGGAGAGGAAGAAAAAGAUGGAGGGACCUCCACCUCCAAAGCAGCGCUCCCAGCAGCCAAACUUUGAUUAUAAUGCUGAAGUGGAGGCUUUCAGCGCCCGACUGCAGGAGAGUUUCUCUAUGGAGCUUCUGAAGACGGCGUUUGUGAACACGUGUUACCUGCGAUCUGAGGAGGAGAGGAGACGAGCACUGGGCCUUGAUUUAGAGACGACCGCCCUCAACCUGAAAGACAACGGCGAGCUGUGUGUGCACGGUCAACAGUUCACAAAGGGUUUCCUCAAUGACUGGUGCAGGGGCAGCUUUCCCAGCCUCCCCGAGGAGGGUGUGGCAGCCGUCGUAGGCCACCUGACAGGGUCAGAGGUCAUGUGUCACGUCGCACGGAACCUCGCAUUGGAGGAUUUGACGAUGAGUGCAGAGUUUCCUGUUCCAGAUGAAACCCUGCAAGGAACAUUCUUCGCUGUGAUUGGUGCUCUGGAGCAGAGCAGCGGUCCUGUGCGAGCUGGGCUUUUCAUUAGAGAUUUCCUGGUGAGUCAACUAAUAGGGAAAGAUCUGUUUGACAUGUGGAAAGUGGUUGAUCCCAUGGGGCUGCUGGUUAAAGAACUGACCCGUAAAGGUAUAGGUCUACCCGAGCCCCGUCUCAUCCGGUCUGCUGGCGCCAGUACCGUCCUCCCUCUCUAUUUCGUCGGGCUUUACAGUGAGUGUAAGCUGCUGGCUCAGGGUCCAGGCGAGACUGUCCUAGCAGCCGAAGAGGAGGCAGCGCGCGUGGCUCUGAGGAAACUGUACGGCUUCACUGAGAACCGCAGACCGUGGGACUUCACUGCCCCCGGCGAGAAGCUUCAGAAGCCCAGCGUGCAGGCUCUCACCAGCGGAUAACUGACAGACUUCAGAGCUCAAUGUGAUGUACUGUGGCUUGAAGAGCAGAUUCCAGUGGGACACUUUUUGAACAGCCAAAAUAUGUACAUAUUCAUUAUCAUCUGCUUAUUUACGUUGAAACUCGAUUUCAAUUGCUGAAAUGUGUCUGUCGGGUCACUUGAGUCCAAUUUAAUAUCCCUGAAAUAAGACUGAAACUCUUUAUGUACCAGUUACAAUGAUAAUUAAAAACAUCAUAUACAUCUAUCUGCAGGUGCACGCUCUUUAGAUAUUAUUUCAUUUAUUUCUGCAUAUUGAUGAUGUGUAUAAAUGGUAAGCUUCGUUGCUUAUCAAAGUUCUGAACACAAUGUUCCAUUUGAAGUGUUCCGUCUGAAUAGAACUUUUUGUGUUGUCAUGGAGACUGGUUUUGCACAGUGGUUCUAAGUUGGUCACCGUAAAGAUGUUUGACUCAUCUUAUCAGCAGAUUCUGAGUUGGCCAGCACAAGUGGUGAUUAGAAAUGCAGAUAACUGCUCUUCUGUAAUGUUUGAAGAUUUUUAUCUUACAGUAUUCAACCUACCAUUUUUUUUUUACAUCUUUCUAUGUCUAUAAUCUUAAUGAACACUGACGCGCAAACCACCAUGUUCAUAUUAAAUGCCAGUGAAACCUAAUAAAAUUUACUUCUUUUAAUAUAAA